CGGUAGUCACUACUCAAUUAGAAUUAGAAGGUAGGGUUUUAGAUCGUUCAAUCUCAAUAAGCAAAAAUGUUUCCAGGAAUGUUCAUGCGUAAACCUGACAAGGCAGCUGCUUUGAAGCAGUUGAAGACCCAUGUUGUGCUGUUCGGUACUUGGGUCGCCGUUAUUCGGGUCGCCCCAUACAUCCUCCAUUAUUUCUCCGAUCAGACCGAAGAACUCAAGCUCGACUUAUAGAUUACACCUUCUCUUUCUUCUCAGUUUCCCAACGAGAAAUAAUUGUUCAGAAGUAUGCCUCUGUCAACAUCUCCUUCCUCAGUUUGCCUAUUUCUUUCAUGUCCUUUCAUUCACACGUGCCACUAUUCUGAAAUUUGUUGACAUGUAAUGUAAUUGGAGAUCAAUAACCUAGUUGUGUGAGAACCUAAUUGUGUGAGAUAAACUUUGUUAUUCCCUUGCCAAUUUAGAGAUACGUUUAUCUUC